UGUGGUAUUUCUAUGACAAAUACAUACAGCAAUCUCGAAAAGUUCAGACAAUUAUGCAUUUAUAAUAGGUAUUUUUCUAUUACAAAACAGCGGCAACCCUGUUUCGCGGGGGAAAGGUUUUGCAUUAAAUUCUGUUACCGGUCCACGUAUACAUAUAUUUUAUAUUAAAGUGUGCUAUACUUUUCUUCAACAUGACUGAUGUUAAAGUACAUGAAUUUAAAGUCACCAUGACUUGUGAGGGCUGUUCGGGGGCUGUAGAAAGAGUUCUUGGAAAAUUAAAAGGUAAAGGAGUCGAGGACUUUAAUGUAAAUUUGGAAAAUCAAAAGGUACAAGUGAAGUCAUCUUUACCAGCAAACGAAAUCUUGGAGGUUAUUAAAAAAACCGGCAAGGAAACACAGCUUAUCUCAUCUGCAUAAAAAAUAUUCAGUUCAAAGAUUCCAUAUUAAUUUAACCAAAAUUAUGCUUAAUAAUAUAUAUUAUAUAUUUUAGAUAUACUUAAUUACAAAAUUCAGAAAAUUUAAGUGAAACUAACAUAUAAAUCGCAGCUAUUUUAUAUACAAUUAUUAAAUGUUUUGUUAAUUUAAUUGUUAUAUCAUUAAACUACAUAUUUAUGUUUAU